UUCAUUCAACACAUAACUACAGGCAUGGAAAUCCGGGUGCAAGUCUCCCAAUACGUCCAGGAUCGUAUCGCCGCCCUUCGCGCCACGUCCGCGCCCAAUGAAUCCGCCUCGCACGGCCUCUACCAGAACGUCUCAAUCGUUCGCGCCAAUGCCAUGAAGUUCAUGCCGAAUUAUAUCCCCAAAAACUCUCUGUCUUGCCUGUUCUUCCUCUUCCCUGAUCCACACUUCAAAGCUCGCAAGCACAAGGCGCGCAUCAUCUCACCGACGCUGCUUGCGGAAUAUGCAUAUGUCCUUCGUCCGGGUGGUAUCGUCUAUACCAUCACAGAUGUACACGAUCUGCACCAGUGGAUGAAGGCACACCUGGAAGCAUUUCCCUUGUUUGAGCAUGUAAGUGAGGAUGCUCUUCGCGCAGAGGGCAAGGGCUCUAUCCUUGAUGCUGUAUGUAAUAGUACAGAAGAGGGUAAGAAAGUGGAGCGAAAUCAGGGUGAAAAGUGGCUUGCCUGUUUUAGAAGAGUGGUAGCUAAUAGAUGCAAUUAGAUAAUUCACAUUUUACUACUGUAAUGUGCAUUGGUAGUUAACAGACUAUGAGCAUCAUAUUGACUAAGCACAGUUACUGUACUUUUUUGACCUGAACAGUGGCAGAUGUGGCUGUGUGUAAGACUGUCAUUGGGAAUGGCCUCUCACUUGUACUGUGAAUCUGAACUGACUUUAUUUG